AAAAAUCAUUUGAAAAGAUCCUAGGUACUAUUCCACCCUUAUUCUCUGUAUGGCUGUAUCACAGAUGGCGUGACCGGUAUUUCACCCCCCACGAAGCCUGAUAUAAUACCAUUAGAAAAUAUCGCCUCCGACGCGUUUCGUUGUCGUCGACGUUGCUGACAGGGGAUUUAGUAAUCCGCGUGCAGUCGCUCAGAGAGGGAGUAUGAAAAUCCCCUCAAAACUAGAAAAUCCGAAAACCCAAAACUAUCAGUUUGAAUAAGAAAAAUAAAAGAACCUCGUACCGUUUACAUUUCAACCCCCAAAUAAAAAGAUAAGGGAACAAAGACUUUGAGCUUUCAUUAUUCAUUUGAAAUUAUACCGUCCGCAAUCUGGAUGCCGGGGGCGCCACGUUUUGCGCCCCUAUAUUUAAGGAUUCAAACCAGUUUUGUGGUGUUGACGAGGUGUGUAGCGAUAUCAAAAAGUUCAUGACGUAGUUGCCGUUCGUUCCAGCAUGGUGGUGAAAUUAUUGACGCGCGCAGAAUUGUUGGCUUCGAGUUUCGACCAUGACGUUGUAUUUAGGGUUGUAGAACAGGUAUAUUUCAGGGGUUGAAAUCCAGAUGUCACUUCGGCCAGGAACCGCCAUGUUCCAUGAAAGCUCCCCCUUAUCAACGAAGUCAGGAAAUGAUAUUACAACCCCUAAAACCAUAAUAUGAUAAACUAAUUUCUCUUUACAGUAAAUAUACAAAAUGAAGAGGCAGUUAAAAAACGUAAAUAAAUAACGAACGCUCUUUCCGGCGUGUGAAAAUAAUUAAAGAGAAAGUUACACCCUAGUGAGCUUUUUUAGUCAGCCAACCAAGAGAAGGGAGCUCGCAGCGAAAUCAUUGAACUUUGCAAUUUUCCACCCAAAAUCGUAGAAUUUUCACCAUCGCGUCGGUGCAAUAUUUAGCGUCAGUUGGCGAAUGGAUUGUAAAACUGAAAUAUAAUUCAAAUAAGGGUUGGUUAUGCGAUCGAAGCGCUCCAGUUGCGGACUCCAGAAGUUUGCGGGGGUUGUUGAAAAGGUUUGGUGGUGUGGCAGCAUUCCGGUGUUGUGUUAUGGGGGGUGGUCGUUCCCUGACCCAGUUCCGAACGUUUUAAAAAUUCGUUUUUAUCCGUGAGUUUGGAAUAAAAAUAAUCGGUCCGUGCUUUACUCGAUUAUGAAUCAGAAUCGAGUGCCGUGAAAAACAAUAAGUAUUUAAUAUUUUGAUACAGUUUUGUAGCGAUAUGAAACUCUCGAGUGUCGCUGUGGGCCACCAUCUUGUCUGCCUCAACAUCAUCAUCAGUUUACCCCAAACUAUUUUAACGGAGUACUCGUUGCUCUCAAGGGUGAUUUUAUAAGCUCCAACAAUCCGCCCAGCUGUUUAUUGAUAAUGAUUAUUUAAAUUCUUCAACAUCCCCAGAGGAAUACGGUCAGUGAUUUCCUUCAGGAUUUACCUUGUCGUCAAGUGAACAUCAUAUACAGUGAACCGCAGGAGAGUAUAAGUGAUAAGGAACCUUACGAGUAUAAAAAGAAUAUAAAAUAUAUAUGUCGUGGUGAUUCAUCCAUUAUCUCAUCCUACAGGAUCAAAUCAUCGCCUAUUUUUUCGUUGAUUGGAACCAAAUUUUUUUCGUCCCUUCCAUCCUUUCCCUGGUAUUAUUUUCCCUUCUUUUUCUUGUCAUCUGUGAUGCGAGGGAGGGUGUUUAAAAUAUCGAAGAAUUUUUUUUUUUAAUCAAAAAAUUCUACUCGUGCGAUUUGUGGUUUAUAUUUAUUAUCACUGCUGUGUAAGUUUCUAAUAAUUAUGAUUUUGGAAUCGAAAAUCGAGACAGCUGCAGAUGCAGUUGUCAUUGUUAAUGUUGUUGUUGAAUGUUUUCGAUACUAAGACAGUAAUUAAUCAAUUAAUCGUUGGUUGGUUCAGUGAAAAGUGUCAACAUACAUCUUUUGCCAUUCGUACCCAAAUACAGUGAAAAAAAGAUAUGGGUAGAUAAAAAUGAAAUGAGAUAUUACGACGAUCACCGAGGGGCGCGUGGUGUGCAUUGGAUACCUUUACCUCCAGCAUCGGAUUUAAAUAGGGGAAGAAAAACGACUAAAGGGGAAUAUUAUGGGGAUAAUUUUCGAAAAGUACGUUACGUGCGGCAAAAAUUUUCUCGAAUUUAAUUACGUCUGAAACACGACCCCAAUUAUGUUUUUGUAGUUGUCGUACUUUUAUUUUCUUUUCCUCGUGAUUCUUAUUCGAUGUUCUGUUUCCACGUUAUUCUAUUCAAAACGGCCCCUUGAAUGAUUAUCAGAAGAAAAAUGAGAAGAAAAAAUUGCAAAAGAUGAAAACCAGGGGGGUUGUUUUAGGGAUGAAUUAUUGAAUAGAAAGAGAAAGAAACCAAAAAGGGGCGUGAUACUAUUGUAAAAUAUGAUGGAUAAGUGAUUGUAAAAACGUGCUAACUAUGGGUCUGACAAAAAGUGAACCCUCAUUUGUAACUACGAUGCGUGCAGGAUAGUUCGGAAAUCUAUUUUUCGAUUAAAUAAUCUGUGAAAUAAAAAUAAGAGAAUAAAUAUGAAAAUAUGUAUCUUUUUUGUGCAUCGAAGUGAAAAUCAAUAAAAAAAAAAAAGAAAGAAUUGUGCUUCAGAACGGAUUACACGGCCAAUUAGGAUUUUUACUCACCGCGACGAUACGGCCUUUUAUAAAUCGUUGAUAACUCUGGUAUGCGAAGGCCUACAAAAGGAGUGAAGAAUAACUGCAGCCGUGUACUUGAAAGUAAUAAUAAAAAUAAUAAUAAUUAUUAUUAUUAUUCCGAAACCAUCAUGGCGGACGGAGUUGGAUUUGAAUUAUUGCACCGGUGAGCGCCACCGACCCGGGGCGAUCAUCCCCGUUGUUGUUUCGCCCAAAAAGCGACUCUCCUACACGCCUGCACUGUCAACGAACAGCAGAACAGAUGUCCUGACAGCGGGCCCCGGGCCACCAGGAUGCCGACGGACGACGACUAUGGCCGAAGAGAACGUCUCCUGUUGCACCAGCACACCGCCACGCAGUUCGGCCCAUCAUCAAUAUCAUCAUCGUCAUCAUCAUCUCAACAGUCUCAGUCUCAAUCCCAGUCUCACUCUCACUUUCACUCUCACCCGCACCCCCACUCAAUCCACCCCCACGUACCUCUGUUGCAAAGUUCGAGCGGCGUCGUCUCCUCGUCGACUCAGUCCGGGGUGCCUUCGGUCUACCUUCAGGAACGAGGUGGCCAAUCGGACGGGGAUCAGCACUCCGCGAGAUAUGGGGGAGUCCACCGGGUUCAGGAUCGUUACGAUAAAUCGUCGUCCGAAACGUUGCAGCAACCGCAACAGCAGCAACAACAGCAACAGCAGCAGCAACAAAUAUCGUCCAACGACGGCUACGGAAUCCUUCAAAACCAUCCAGAGCGGUAUCCUCAGCUCCCGGGACUCCAGGGUUACCAUCAAUACACCGUUGGUAGUUCGAACCUCGGAAGAUUUUCCCUAUUCGGAGAUCAGGACAUCGCGGAUUCCCGAUUACUCCAACAGGAUCAGCGUUACCAACAACAACAACAACAACAACAACAACAGCAACAACAGCUACAAUCAGCCGUCGGAGAGCGUUUUUUACAGGGUCACCAGGUGCCUGGACUCGUUUCUAAGGACGAUGGAGUCCACUACGCGAGCCCAGGGGGUGGUAUCCUGUUAUCAUCGGAAUUAUUCCCCUCCCCGCCAUCGCCGGCACCUACGAACGACAGGUUUAUACCACCACCACCUCUGUCACCGACACCGAGCGAGAAAUACGCCUCAUCGCAGAGCCUCUCCGGUUACCACCAGAACCAACAGGACAUCGGGGGUUGCGUUAUUCCCUCGGGUUCCCCAGGUGGAAAACAAGACAGGUUUGGCACAGCACCAGCCUCACCUAUGCCCGGCGGAGGAGGGGGGGGAGGAGGAAGCGGCUCCUGCGUCAACAACAAGGAGAGAUUCGCCUCUGCCGAAAGAUUAUUGGCAAAUUCAUCGCCGGUUCUCGGAUCACAGGGAUUAUACGGGGGUGGAACGUCGUCGGCGUCGUCUGGUGGUGGAGUUAUCGGUCAAACGAAGGACGUUGGUUGUAGAUACGGUAGUAUCUCGUCGGAGAGACUUCUCUCGGGAUCACCGAUCCACGCACCGGUACCCGAGCGAUUCGCUUGCGGUUCAAGGUCUUCCGAAAAAUUGCAAUCACCCAGACACGAACGUUACCAUCAUGAGGUUAACGGAAGAGAUAGGGACAGAGACAGAGAAAGAGAGAGAGAUAGAUACGGUACUCCUCAGAACGCGGAUAGGUAUUUGUCGAGUUCACCGAACCCUGAGGGAGCUCAUCAACGUUACUCGUCAACGGAAAGGGUCCUCGUACCGUCACCGGCGCCGGAAAAUAAUACGUCCCAAUCGUCGCGACGCUACUCAACCUCCGAUCAACAGCAACAGCAGCAGAGGUACGUCAACGAUCAACGAGCGGGUGGCUCACCGGGCCCCUGCGGUUCCGGCGAAUACGGGAAUUCCGGCAGAGUCGCCGCCCUCCAGGACGCGGUCAGAUUCGGCGACAUACUGUCCCAGAGAUACGGUCAGUCACGCAUGGACAGAUUCGUCGUGUCCGCGGAACACCUUGCAUCAAGUUGUUCCCAAUCGGAGCGUCUCCUGGGCUCGUCAAACGCGGGGGGGGACGAGUUCUUCGACUUCGUCGUCGUCAGCCUCCAGUAAUC